AUGUUCCGAGCUUCUGGUUUACUGAAAUCUUCGCUUCGAACCAGUUGCGGUAAAAUUCGUGUCUCUGAUCGUCUCGAGGAUUACGAUGUGAUUGUGAAUCCCUCUUCUCGACUUGUUGACGUUUUCAUGGCAGCGGUAAGAUUCUUCUCUUCCUCUAGAAGCUCUGUUUGUACCCCUUCAGCACGGCGGAAAUCGUCCAGACUUUAAGAGAGACGACAUUGCCACGUGGAAGAGCGCAUGGGGAGACGAUUACCGUUCGGGUUGA